AUGAAGAUCCUUCUCUUUCUCUGUAUUUUUUUUUUCUUUGGUGUCCUCAUUCCACCAGUCAGAAGUAAAGGGCUCCAUGUGAUCUUUAAUUGGUGGAAUGCAUGCAUAAUGCUUGGUGGUCGAUGUAGAAAUCAAUGUGGUAAUAGUGAAUUUAGGAUGGCAUACUGCAAAAGACCUACAACUCUCUGCUGCAUAAAAGAAUGUGACCCUACGGACCCAAAUAAUUGAAUCCCAAAGGACUCAGUAGGAACUCAAGAAUGAUACCGGAAAGACUCAAGUCAUUGA